AUGGCAAUCUACAUGUGGACGCGUGCAGAUACGAUGUACACCUAUAUGUUUGCCGUUCCCGGGAACUGUUUCUCCAUACUGGCUGCCGACGGACGCACACACGUUAAUAUCUCAUCCAAGCAAUCCUACUCAUUCAACCUGAGACAGAACCAUCUAUGGGUAAAUAAGAACUGUAACUUUUCCUACAACCUACAAGUCACCACCAUCACCACAGACAACCCCGUCAUCGUCAACGGUAUGUCGGACAGAAGAAGACGCAACUAUCAGGUCCUGCCAUCUCAUCUCCUGGAAAAUGUGUACACUGUCGUCACAUAUUCGCCCGUGGAGAACACGAAGUGGUACAAUAUACUGAUUCUGUCAAACCAAUCCCAAACAAUCACUGUGGUAUUCAGAAACAGAAGGCCAACCUCAUGUUUUGAACAUGGGUCUCCAGGCUUGAGAACAAGUGUCAGUAUAGGUUUUCGGAGAAUUUACAACGUUACGUCAUUGGAACUAUUUCAGCUGACCUGUGCAGGGGAUAUAACGGGGUCAGAAGUUCGAGGGGAAGACGUUCUAGCUUUGUUCUCGGGCUAUUCCACGCCCUGGCGCGAUAUCUGGUGUACACAAGUCCCACCUCCGCACAAUCUUGGCUUUUCUUACAUCCUGCCUCGUCUUCCAGUCAUCACUGACAGCUCUGUGCGGAUAGUAGCUGUCCGCAACAGAGGAGACUACAGCACAAAUAUCACCUACAGAGCGUACGGUGGGCACAACAGGACAGUUCCUGCUUUGGCUGGGGGGUACUUCGACCUGAACGUCACCGGUAAAAACUUUGUUGUUCUGAGCGACAAGCUACCCUUGAUCGUCAUGUUGUCCGGCGCUCUAAGGUCCAAUACCACUCUCCACUACUUUACAAUGCUGUUACCUUCAGUGGGUCAGUUUAGCAGACAGGUUGUGGUGAAGCCUGUUCGGGGAAAACCCAAUAAUUACGGUGCGGCCAUCAUCGAAAGACAUCAGGAGAAUUCGAGGGGAGCGAAUGACCUCGCAGCUAGAUACAUGAUUAUACCUCUUGACACUGUGAACAUCAAUGAUGUACUGGCACGCGGGACCGGGGAACGACUUGUUUACGUCACCUAUACCGAUAGCAGCUGCAGCAACAACAAACACGUCGACAUUAACAGCAGCAACAACAACCAUGUCAACAUCAGCAGCAACAACAACCAUGUCAACAACAACAACAACCAAGUCAGCAUCACCAGCAGCGUCAACAGCCAUGCCAACAUCAACAGCAGCGACAACCAUGUCAGCAUCAACUGCAGCAACAUCCAUACCGACAUCAACAGCAGCGACAACAACCAUGUCAACAUCAGCAGCAACAACAACCAUGUCAAAAACAACAGCAGCAACAAAAUCCAUGUCGACAUCAACAGGAUCGACAACAACCAUGUCGACACCAACACCAGCAACAACAUUGUCAACAUCAACUGCAGCGACACCAGCCAUGCAAGCAUCAACAGCAGCGACAACCAUGUCAGCAUCAACUGCAGCGACAUCCAUACCGACAUCAACAGCAGCAACAACAGCCAUGCUGACAUCAACAGCAGCGACAACAGCCAUGCUGACAUCAACAGCAGCGUCAACCAUGUCAUCAACUGCAGCGACAACCGUACCGACAUCAACAGCAGCAACAACAGCCUUGCCGACAUCAACAUCAGCGACAACGACCAUGCCAACAUCAACAGCAGCGACGACCAUACCGACAUCAACAGCAGAUACAACAACCACACCGACAUCAACAGCACUUACAACAACCAUGCCGACGUCAACAGCAGCGACAACAGCCAUACCAACAUCAACAUCAGGAACAAAGACCUUGCCAACAUCAACAGCAGCGACAACCAUACCGACAUCAACAGCAGCCUCAACAACAAUGCCGACAUCGACAGCAGCAACAACAGCUAUGUCGACAUCAACAGCAACGACAACAGCCACGCCGGCAUCAACAUUAGCAACAAGAACCACGUCGACAUCACAACCAGCAACAACAACCGUGUCAACAUCAGCAGCAGCAACAACAACAGGAGCGACAACUAUGCCGAGACCAGCAGCAGCAACAACAUUGUCAACAUCAACAACAACCAAGUCAGCAUCAACAGCAGCGACAACAGCCAUGCCAACAUCAACAGCAGCGACAACCAUGUCAGCAUCAACAGCAGCAACAACAGCCAUGCUGACAUCAGUAGCAGCGACAACAGCCAUGCUGACAUCAACAGCAGCAUCAACCAUGUCAUCAACAACAGCGAAAACCAUAUCGACAUCAAAAGCAGCAACAACAGCCUUGCCGACACUCGCAACAGUUACAACGACCAUGCCAACAUCAACAGCAGCGACAACCAUACCGACAUCAACAGCAGCCUCAACAAUCAUGCCGACAUCAACAACAGCUAUGUCGACAUCAACAGCAGCGACAACAUCCAUUCCGACAUCAACAGCAGCGACAACAGGCAUGCAGGCAUCAACAUCAGCAACAACAACCGUGUCAACAUCAGCAGCAGCAAAAACAACCAUGACAACAACAACAGGAGAGACAACAACUAUGCCGAGACCAGCAGCAGCAACAACAGUGUCAACAUCAACAACAACAACCAAGUCAGCAUCAACCGCAGCGACAACCAUACCGACAUCAACAGCAGCAACAACAGCCAUGCUGACAUCAGUAGCAGCGACAACAGCCAUGCUGACAUCAACAGCAGCGUCAACCAUGUCAUCAACAACAGCGAAAACAUCCAUUCCGACAUCAACAGCAGCGGCAACAGCCAUGCAGGCAUCAACAUCAGCAACAACAACCGUGUCAACAUCAGCAGCAGCAAAAACAACCAUGACAACAACAACAGGAGAGACAACAACUAUGCCGAGACCAGCAGCAGCAACAACAGUGUCAACAUCAACAACAACAACCAAGUCAGCAUCAACCGCAGCGACAACCAUACCGACAUCAACAGCAGCAACAACAGCCUUGCCGACAUCAACAUCAGCGACAACGACCAUGCCGACAUCAACAUCAGCCAUGCCAUCAACAGCAGCUACAAACAUGUCUACAUCAGCAGGAACAGAAACAGCAACAACAUCAAUCAUGCUGGAAGCAGCAGCAACAUCGGUAACUACAGGGCUCCAGAGGACUCCGAGCACGUCUUCAUCAAUAACAACAAUGACACAACAAAUUGCAACCAAUGAGACCAUACAUACACAAGAAGGAACAUCAGCUCCAACGAAAGGGAUUCCAAUCUACGCAUCAGUCUCUGUUGCCAUAGUGCUACUGGCCAUCCUCCUUGGUGUAGCCAAGCUCAUCGGUCACGUGAGAGACUCAAAGAGAAAAACGGAGGUUACCAAC